AUGCCUUCCGCAGAGUCAAAACCAAGGACCUUGUAUGACAAGGUCUUCGCUGACCACAUUGUCAACGAGCAGGAAGAUGGCACCUGCCUGCUCUAUAUCGAUCGGCAUCUCGUCCACGAGGUGACCUCUCCUCAAGCUUUCGAGGGUCUUACAAAGGCCAGCCGCAAGGUCCGCCGGCCGGACUGCACUCUGGUGACCGUCGACCACAACAUCCCCACUUCCUCCCGCAAGAACUUCAAGAACGCCUCGGAUUUCAUCAAGGAGAACGACUCGCGUCUGCAGUGUACCACCCUCGAAGAGAAUGUUAAGAACUUCGGCCUCACCUACUUUGGUAUGGGCGACAAGCGUCAGGGUAUUGUCCACAUUAUCGGCCCCGAGCAGGGGUUCACUCUGCCCGGAACAACGGUGGUCUGCGGUGACAGCCACACCUCUACCCACGGUGCCUUCGGAUCCCUAGCCUUUGGUAUCGGUACCAGUGAAGUCGAGCACGUCCUCGCUACCCAGACCCUCCUUACUCGCCGAAGCAAGAACAUGCGCAUCCAGGUUGACGGCGAGCUCCCCCCCGGUGUUACCAGCAAGGACGUUGUUCUCCACAUCAUUGGUGUCAUUGGAACCGCUGGUGGCACCGGCGCUGUCAUUGAGUUCUGUGGAUCCGUCAUCCGCGGCCUCAGCAUGGAAGCCCGUAUGUCUAUGUGCAACAUGUCCAUUGAGGGUGGUGCUCGUGCAGGCAUGAUUGCGCCCGACGAGAUCACUUUCGAGUACCUCAAGGGACGUCCUCUGGCUCCCAAGUACGGCAGCGCCGAGUGGAACAAGGCCGUCAACUACUGGUCUACCCUGAAGACCGACCCCGGUGCCAAGUUCGACACCGAGAUCUUCCUCGAUGGCAAGGACAUUAUCCCUACCAUCUCCUGGGGUACUUCCCCUCAGGAUGUGGUCCCCAUCAACGGCGUUGUUCCCAGCCCUGAUGAUUUCGAGGACGAGAGCCGCAAGCUCGCCUGCAAGCGAGCUCUUGAGUACAUGGGUCUCACUUCCGGUACACCCAUGAAGGAGAUCCCCGUGGACAAGGUCUUCAUCGGAUCUUGCACAAAUGCCCGUAUUGAGGAUCUCCGGGCCGCUGCCAAGGUUGUCAACGGGAAGAAGGUUGCUGAUAACAUCCUGCGCGCCAUGAUUGUUCCCGGUUCGGGUCUGGUUAAGGAGCAGGCUGAGGCCGAGGGUCUGGACAAGAUUUUCACCGAUGCUGGCUUCGAGUGGCGUGAGGCUGGUUGCUCCAUGUGUCUGGGUAUGAACCCUGAUAUCCUCUCUCCCAAGGAGCGCUGCGCCAGUACCUCCAACCGCAACUUCGAGGGUCGCCAGGGUGCCCAGGGCCGCACUCACCUCAUGUCUCCUGCCAUGGCCGCCACUGCCGCCAUUGUUGGGAGGCUUGCCGACGUCCGUGAGCAUGUCGUCGCCAGCCCCGUCACUGCCAAGGUUCAGCCCGUGAUCGAUGCGCAAGUCCAGGCCGACUCCCCGGAGACGGAGGAUGAGCUUGACCGGGUUCUCGACCUACCCGCCGAUAACGAGCCCCACACCAACACUUCCGCCGUUGGUGGCAGCAGCACCGGACUCCCCAAGUUCACUACCUUGAAGGGUAUUGCCGCCCCUCUGGACCGCUCCAACGUCGACACCGACGCCAUCAUCCCCAAGCAGUUCCUAAAGACCAUCAAACGUACUGGUCUGGGUGUCGCCGCUUUCUACGAGCUCCGCUACGACCCUGCCACCGGUAAGGAGAAUCCAGAUUUCAUCCUGAACCAGGGUAUCUACCGUGACUCCAAGAUCCUCGUCGUCACUGGCCCCAAUUUCGGCUGCGGUAGCUCUCGUGAGCACGCCCCUUGGGCUUUGCUUGACUUCGGUAUCAAGUGCAUCAUCGCCCCCUCUUUUGCCGAUAUUUUCUUCAACAACACCUUCAAGAAUGGCAUGCUUCCCGUGCCUAUCUCGGAUGAGACCGCCCUGGCCAAGAUUGCUGAUGAGGCCCGCGCCGGCCGCGAAGUCGAGGUCGACCUUGUUAAUCAAGAGAUCAAGGACUCCCAGGGCAACAAGAUCGCUUCCUUCGAAGUCGACAGCUUCCGCAAGCAUUGUCUCGUCAACGGCCUGGAUGACAUUGGUCUGACCCUACAGAUGGAGAGCAAGAUCCGCACCUUCGAGACCAAGCGCAGCCUCGAGACUCCCUGGUUGGACGGCAGUGGUUACCUCCGCCGUGGCAACCGCGGCGCUACCCGGAUCGAUGCCGCCCCUGUGCCCAAGACCAACCGCGGUGAUGUGAAGAACGAGCCCCUCGAGUGGUAA